AUGGAUAAGGAUUUGUCGACUGGAGAGAUGCCACACUACGACGCCCUAGUCAUCGCGAUGGAUGUAAACAGGGUGGUCGUUCGACGGACAUUGGUAGACACCGGGAGUAGCGUCAAUGUCCUGCAUCUCGAAACCUUCACCAAGAUGGGUAUGGCACGAGAGCAGUUGGCCCCAGUAAAGACACCACUGACCGGCUUUACGGGAGACUCCGUAGAAGCCGAAGAGUCCAUCACUCUGCUAGUCGAGGUUGGCAGUUACCCCAGCGUACAGAAAUUAGAUAUGAAAUUCAUCGUGGUUGACCUGACGUGUUCUCACAACGCAAUCCUCGGCCGACCAGGUUUGGAGGACUUAGGGGCGCUGAUCUCCAUCGAACACCUAUGUAUGAAAUUUUGCACACCGAGUGGGGUGGGCACGGUACGUUGCGAUCGAAAGGUCGCCCGCCAUUGCUAUCUACAAGCCUGUCGAGGCAUGGGCAAGCGAGAGAUGCGAGUACACGAGAUCACAGAGCGGCCCACGAAGAAGGCGAUGCCGCCUUGCCCCGAGCCGGCCCUGGAACUGGAGGAAGUGGAGAUCGAUCUAGCUCGACUGGAGAGGCGGGUAAGAAUUGGAGUCGGCUUGAAAAGGGAUGUGCGGGAGGAGGUCAUACGAGUGCUCCGAGAAAAUCGUCUGGUUUUCUCUUGGGGACCCGAAGACAUGUCUGGAGUGGACCGAUCCAUAAUCUCCCAUCGACUCGCGGUUGAUCCCGGCUACCGGCCCAUGAUCGAAGAGAAUUUUUCAAAAAGGAAAAAAAUACGUUGCUGGCUGCCGGCCAUAUCUGAGAGGUCAAGUAUCCGGAAUGGUUGGCCAACGUGGAUCGACCAGUUAGUCGACGAAACCGCAGGGUCGGCGUUGUUGAGCUUCAUAGAUGCCUUCCGAGGUUACCACCAGAUUUAUAUGCACAAGGCUGACGAAGAGAAAACAACCUUCCUUACCUCGGAUGGCGUAUACUGCUAUCAAGUCAUGCCGUUCGGACUCAAGAAUGCAGGGGCCACAUACACUCGGAUGGUUGCUUGGCUGUUCCAGGACCUGCUAGGAAAGUCCAUGGCAACCUACGUGGACGACAUGCUAGUGAAAAGUCGAGAUGAAUCAGGACAUGCUGGAGAUCUAGCUGACUGCUUCCAGGUAAUGCUCAAAUGCAAUCUGCGACUCAAUCCCAAAAAGUGCGCCUUCGCCGUGCAAGGGGGAAAAUUCCUGGGGUACAUGGUAACCAAAAGGGGUAUUGAGCCGAAUCCCGAAAAGGUCCAGGCCGUAAUGGACAUGUAG